AUGAUCAGAUUGGAAGAAAGUCGGAUCUCUGGGGGUGAUGGCAUGGAACCGCCCGUCAAAGCCCUGAGUGAGCUUCGGGAUGAAUUCCCCUUUCAAGACGCACGGCAACAGGACUAUAGCCUGCCCCUCGAGCACAUCUUUACCCAGUUCACCCAGACAGUUACUCGCAGACAUAAAAGCCUUGCCGUCCUCAGAAUUGUCGAAAAUAGCUCCGGACAGCGCCUGGAUCACCUCUCGUCCUGUGUAUCCAACUACACUAGCCCGGACAGAUGCCCCUCUUACACUCUUCGCACGUCAAACGGGGUUGAAUCUACCCUUGUCCUAAAGGAAUUUCCCUACCGUCCGUUACCAGGCUUGGAUUUUCGCGACGGCGGCACCUUCCUGGUACCAAGGGGCAAGCUGCUCGACAUCAUCGGCGCCGUCGGCCCGACGCUUCCCAACAAACCAACUUUUAUGCCCGGAAUUGCGGGAAUUGCUGACGUCUUGAGGGCCUGGGAGUCGCUGGUCGUCACGGUGGCAGACGGCUUCGAUGGGCGCGUCAGUGACACGUACAAGCCCAAGCAGCCGGGAGAGACGAAGUUCCUAUAA